AGUUAAAAGGGUCAGUUUUGUAAAGAGUGUUCUAGAGUUUGAGCUGAAAUGUCUUGUUUUUGGUUUAUCAGGUUAACAUUAGCAAUCACAGGAGUGGGCCUAUUGGUUGUCUUAACUGCCAUGAUUGGUUUUCUGCCCAAUGGGAGGAUGAAAAAUUUUCUCAGUGAGAAGGUGCACCUGAUGUGUUACCGUAUCUGUGUGAGAGCGCUGACUGCUAUCAUCACAUACCAUCACAGUGAAAACAAACCCAAGAAUGGAGGCAUCUGUGUCGCCAACCACACGUCACCUAUUGACGUCAUUAUACUAGCCAGUGAUGGAUGCUAUGCAAUGGUGGGUCAGAUCCAUGGGGGCCUGAUGGGGCUCAUUCAGAGGUCUAUGGUGAAGGCUUGUCCACACAUUUGGUUUGAGCGCUCAGAAGUCAAAGAUCGCCAUCUAGUGGCUAAAAGGUUGAGCGAUCACGUAAAAGACAAAAGCAAACUGCCCAUCCUCAUAUUCCCCGAAGGAACCUGCAUUAAUAACACAUCAGUCAUGAUGUUCAAGAAAGGAAGCUUUGAAAUUGGCUCAACCGUCUACCCUGUCGCCAUAAAGUAUGACCCUCGGUUUGGGGAAGCCUUCUGGAACAGCAGUCAGUUUGGGAUGAUGAAUUAUCUGCUCAGGAUGAUGAGUAGCUGGGCUAUCGUGUGCAGCGUGUGGUACCUGCCUCCGAUGAUUCGUCAGGAAGGUGAGGAUGCAAUGCAGUUUGCUAACAGAGUAAAGGCAGCCAUUGCCAGACAGGGUGGUCUAGUGGACCUGCUGUGGGAUGGUGGGUUGAAACGAGGGAAAGUGAAAGACACUUUCAAAGAGGAGCAACAAAAACUCUACAGCAAGAUUUUGGUUGGAACGCAAGAGGUCCGCAGCCGCUCUUGAGGAGAGAAGAUGAAUCAGGUGAGGACCUGGAGGGCAAGAGACGGUUCAGAGACCUGGACAACGACGUUAUGGUUUCGUUUUACAUCCAAUAACAAGUACUGUCCUUGUUUAAUUGUUCCUUUUUUGGGAAAAAGACCAAAGUGUGUCCAGUGUUAGGUCAGAUCGGGAUCAGAACACCAUGAGGUGUGUUUUGAUGCGUAAUGCUACUUGAACUGAAGUCAAUGUAGCGUGAUUCAGUCCAUGGUGGCCGGGUCACUCAUGAGGAGUCAUAACCACGCAAUGCAGCAGUUUAUUUUCUUUUUGUCUGUUUUAUUAUCAUUUACUCUUAACAUGUCAUUAGGACGCGGUAAACUAUUAAAUUUGAUGGCCAUGUAUGGCUGAAGGAAACGCCUCAUCAGGCUGCACAUAGGUGUCCAAGAGCAUUUCUAUCUCUCUGCUAUACUUCUGCUGCGUGAAUCACUUUAAUCCUGGAUUUUAACAGGAGAAAACAGUGGAAAUAUGCAUGGAAAACCUGCAAUUUAUUUUGAAGACAUCAAGGGUAGCCUGACCUUUGCACAUGAAUAAUCUGCAUUGAACUUUCAAAAUACCUCUGGAUAAACAAUCAAACCUGUGUGAAGGGUUUGAGAAGAAUUAGUUAUACAGUAUGUUGUUAGUUUUUUUUUUUUUUUCUCGUCUUUGUGUGAAAGAUCCAGAACUUUUCCAUUCAUAUCUGGGAGUCAAAUCAUGAGAAUCUUAAUGACGCUGGCCAAGUGACGGCCAAUUGAAAAGUCUCUGAACUAUUCUUCAGGUACUGCACUCAUUCAGAUUAAACCCAUUGUUUGUGAUGUGUUAAACAACACUAUGCAGCAUGUACUGUACAUAUGCAACCAGUGUUUCCUACAGGAUUUUUUUUUUCAGAUCAAUCAACCCUUAAACAUGUUAAACGAUAACAUAUUUUUUUCAACACAUCAAUACAUUUUUUUCAAUUUAUUAUUAUUAUUUUAAAGUAAAAUUUUUAUUUUUUACAACAAAAAUCUAAAAUUCUGUUGCAAAUUUAUGUCUUCAAAACACAGUUAUCAGUUCUGGGCUCAUUUUGAGUUGAUUGAGUGAGCGAGUAAUCAGAUUCGAUUGAAUAAGCUGUCUGAUGAUUUAUCUGUGUGAUUUUUGUCUGUAGAAAAAACUGCAGACAGGCUGAAUGAACAUAAAAAUUCACUAAUUACAUUAGUCUUAAACAAGCCUUUACUGAACUCAAAAAUGACACGUCCUUGCAAAUGAAGCUUUAGCGCAACAACAUCGUGAAUAUCAGUGCAGGAAACACUGUACGCAACUAACUAGCUCUAAAACACUAAACACUCAUAAUGAAGCAGAAUGAAAAAAGUAGUAAUUUUACAACAUGCUGUGUAAACAGAAAUAAAGUCAAACACUCUUACAUUUGAAUAAUAAUUACUUUGCGACUGCUAAAACAGUCUGUUCUAUGUAGUAUGAAUUUGUCUAAUAUGAAUGUAAUCUGUAUGUACUACAUGUCAUGUGACUAAUAGUAGCAGUGUCAGUUGCGUUGCUUCACUGUCAUUCACAAACCCUCUCAUGGCAUCAUCCGCACACUUUUCUCCCACUUUUUUAUGAAUGCCAUGAAUUCGGACAUACUACUCAUACUGUUUUUUUUGCCUACUAUAUGCAAAGAAUACUAUAUGGGAGGUAUGCAGUUACAGAUGCAGUCUAUGUGUACCAAGGGUCUUUAAUUUCAGGACUAUGAUUGGUUACAACCGCUGAUGAACAAGAUGUUGUUUGUUUAGUUGUUAUUGUAUUAAAGCUGUGUUUAGCUUUUGGA